UUAUGUCAUUUUCAUGAUGUGCGAGAAAGGCGAUGUUUUAAAAUCGGUGGAAGCCACCUAUUGUUUCUAACAGACGAUUUUUACAGUUUAAUUUUCCAUUACAUAUUCAUUUUUCUAUGAUAUGGAUACUUGAAAAAUUGUGAUUUAAAUAACAGAUACAUUUCAAGACAUAAUGGAACUUAUACAACAGUCAUGGGGACAUGAAAACCUACCAACAACAAUCGAGGACCUUCCUGAUGAAGUUUUGGAAUUUAUUUUGAGCUUUCUGCCUCCGUAUAAAGACCUGCAAAAUUGUAUGACCGUGUGUAAAAGAUGGUGUUGUUGUGCUCAAAAUGUAUUGCGUAAGACGUCCAUAAAGCUAAUUAAAGCCGUUGCAGAGUUUAAUAUAUUGUGGAAAAAUGUCACCUCUACUGAUAUUGGGCCCACCAUAACGAAAAGAUUUUCUCAUGCAGCAUGUAUUCUGAAAAAUAAUAUGUACAUAUUUGGUGGAUGUACCACAAAUUCCACUUCAUUUAAUGAUCUUUGGAUGUUUGACUUAUCUAAAAGAAGAUGGAUACGACCUUUAGCAACUGGAACUUAUCCUGUGCCAAAGGCAUACACAACAAUGGUCCACUACCAAGAUUGUCUGAUUGUUUUUGGUGGAUGGACAUACCCCUCUCUCUCACAAUACUAUCAGAAUAUCACUAUGUUUAAUGAUAUUCACUUAUAUUGUGUAACUACAAAUAAAUGGAUUUUGAUAAAUGCCACAAACCCACCACCACCCAUGGCGGGUCACUCUGCUUGUAUCAGGGGAGAUGAGAUGAUUGUAUUUGGAGGUUUAGUUAUGUCUGCAGCUCAAAAUUAUCAAAUGCAGUGUUCAAAUGAUGUCUGGGUUCUCGAUAUAGUCACAUUCAAUUGGAGGAAGCAACAAACAACCAAACCACGGCCCUCACCGCGCUAUGCUCAAUCACUCAUUACACUAGAUUCAGAAAGACUGAUGCUUCUGGGCGGAAUACAAACAUUGCACAAUCGCUUUGUUUAUAGUGAUUGUUGGAUCUUGACCAUGCAAGGACCUACAUGGACAUGGAAAGAAAUUGCAGUUAAAAAUAAAGAGUGGGCAUCUGCUAAUAUAUGGUGCAACCCAGCUUGUAGAGUUGGAGAUAUGGUUGUAAGUCUCAGUAGGAGUCGACAUGGUUGGAAUGGGGCAAAACCAUUAGUUACCUCAGCAGUAAGACUGUCUGCUCUUAACAGGCCAGAAAAUGCACCAGUUUCUGUUCGUAUUGAACAGAGUCUACAAAGACCUCUAGAUCGAGAUCAAAAUAUAAAUGGAAGACGAGGAGUGCUGCCAAGACAACCUGUAUCCAGACAACCUCCGGCAAAUGUUAAUAAUGAACCCAUAGCAGGACCCAGUACUGAGCAAGAAAGUGACAAAGAUGUUACAAAUGAUAUUGCUAGUCAAGAUACAAAUUAUGCUGCUGGACCUAGUUCUGAUUUAAAGCUUAACAAUAAUGUUAUUGAUUUAAAUAAAAAGGAAGCAAUGAGAAAGAAUAAAACUAAGAAUAAAGGAAUGAAAAUAGUUAGACAACUACAAGAAGCAAAUAAAUAUAGAAUGGCCGCAUUUGCUUGUGAUUCAUCGUCAAAUAACACACCAAAUGAAAAUGAUCUCAUAAAUCAAAGGCAAAUAGCGCAUUUAGAAAACAGAUUAGAACCUUAUCCACCGGCUGCAGAAAGACCAGAUGUUGUGUACAGGCAGCCACCGGUGAUAAAACGUAACACACUGACAAUGCAUGUACUUGAUAUUUCUACUGUUCUUAAUGGUAACUGUAUGAAUUAUGUCUCUUGGUUAUGUCCCCGAUUGGGAGACAUGAAUGGUGCUCCUGAAGAAUUAGUUAUGUAUUCCUUAGUUAAAGGUAAUGGUGAACUCAUUAUGUUUGGGGGAGUUCAUAAUGAAAUAAGAGUGACAAGAUUCACUGAAAACCCACAAAACAUGUAUUCAAAUUCUUUACAUUUCAUCACAGCGCCCAGAGACAUUAUUUAAUCUGUUGUUGACAGCCUUUAUAAAUAUUUGUUUGUUUUCCACUAAUGUAAAUGUACAGUUUUGUU